CAAAAGUCCGGCGCUUCGGGGUUUUCCGUGCGUUCUCUUGCAUCCUCAACUCGUGGCUGUCCGUGGUUGAUCUGAUUUGAUCCUUAGGACUUCUCGACGACGACUUGCCCCUCAGCGGCACCAACGGACACGCGCCCGCCCCCGAGUCUGCCCCCUUAUCAUCUUCGAGGAAUCGGGUGGGAGAGAAUGGUGGAGACGGAGUCUUGCGCGAAGGUUCAUCAUCCAUGGGUGACCGUGAUUUUGUUGAUAAAGACAAGCUGAUACUAAGGGGCUUGCAGUUUCAUGGAUUUCAUGGUGUGAAACUGGAGGAAAAGAAGCUUGGUCAAAAGUUUGUGAUCGAUGUGGAUGCUUGGAUGGACUUGAGCAAUGCUGGUAAAUCUGAUGACAUUUCUGACACAGUCAGCUAUACUGCUAUUUAUCGGAUAGUGAAGGAAGUGGUAGAGGGUACGUCUCAGAAUCUGUUGGAGUCGGUAGCUCACUUGAUUGCAAAUACCACGCUACUUCAAUUGCCUCAGAUAUCUGCUGUGAGAGUGAAGGUGGAGAAGCCUCAUGUGGCCGUUCGUGGCACCAUCGACUACUUGGGCGUUGAAAUCCUUCGAUACAAAGAAGCGUCCUCUGUGGAUUAAGAGGCUCUGCCAAACCAUGAAUGUGCUGAUGAUGACGCGAUCGGUCCUUAUCGAAAGGUAUGCGUGUCUGUACCUAUUAUAUCAUAGAACAUGUGUUUGACUUGCUGGCCACGCACGUAGGGGUCCGGUGCGGAAGUUGCUGCAUGCCGUGUAAAUAAACUCUCACGGUUCCUUCUUGUACUUGUGAAACCUUUUACGAAUCCGUACGUCGACAUAUGCUGACCCCACCGAACCACCACCCCCUCGUUACCCGGGUGGGUUUCGUUGGGUUCUUUCAAUAUCACAUACGACGAAAGCCAAGGGGGAAGCAUAGUCAGUCAUUGAGAGGGAAAGAGUUCAAGGAAGAAUUAAUUGUGAUGCUGUGGUUUC